GACAUCCCAUUUUAUUUGAAUGUCCUGUUUAACCCUGGUUUCUCCGUCUCUUGGCUUCUACUGCUGAUUACCGACGACAGGGUUAAAGGAAAGUUGGGAAAGGUUACCACUAAAAGAAGGCCAAAGGGGGUUUGCGAUUGACUGAUUGAGGCCACUGCUCGUUGGAAGAUCCUGGCCUGUUGAGAUGAGGAUAAAAUAUAGCUGCCAUCUCUUUCGAAUUUCUGCAGUUCACAAAGCUUCUUGACCUGAGUUUGCUUAUAUACUCAAUCUGAAUUUUGACAUUCAAUACAGUCCAAUUGUUUUCGAAUUUUCUGGAAAGUAUAUUUGAUGUACAAAUUCAGGUAAAUAUAAAAUGAUUUUUAUUUUAAAUAAUUGUAUGGAGGGUUUGUCCCAAAAAUAUAUACGAAGAAGUUUUUUUUGUUUUUCUUGAGAAUUGACUACAGAAAAUGAAACAAGUUGCAUAUUGGAUUAAUUCAGAUUGUUUUUUAUAUCAAAUUACUUUCAUUGUUUUUAUUAGGGAUAUGAAAUUAUCUUUUCAGACCAAGGGAAAUAAACAUAAAAUAUAUAUUCAUCACUUGUUCUAGAUAGGAGGGUUAUUUGGUCAUUUAACAUAUUUAGACUUCUCAUUCAGCACACAUAAUAAACAGCUUGUUAUCUCAAUAUCACUAAAUCCAGACAAACGUCUUAAUUCAGACAGACAUCUUAAUCAAUUCAGAACUUAAUGGAAAAAAAAAGUAAACAGCCCUAAGAUUCUUGUCCUAACCGUUUUUCAAACUAUCCUUGCUAAAUCAAUUACGAAAGAUAUAUACUCUCCGUAGAUUCAACGUUGUAGCUAGCCGCCAAAAGCAGCUCUCUCUGCAAUUCAGCAUAUACGCCUACCUUCAGUCCAAAGCCAGCUUUGGAUGAUCGAUCAUUUAUACGGCGUAAUUCGUUCAUCUUUCGAUCUGUACAUUAUCUGUGAGCUAGCUAGAGAUAUAUUGUUCGAUCAUAUUUCCCCGCGAAAGGCUGAUUCCGGCCUUCAAUGUCUUCCCCACCGGACGGCAGUUUCUCCACGCAGCUCAUAGACGGCAAUGGAGAGUUCAACGUCCAAGGACUGCAAGGUUUCAUGGACGCCAUUAAGUUCCAUCAGUGCGGCCUCUCCUAUGCCGUUGUCGCUAUUAUGGGUCCUCAGAGUAGUGGGAAAAGUACUUUAUUGAAUCAUCUCUUCAGCACGAAAUUCAAAGAAAUGGAUGCUUACAAAGGGAGGAAUCAAACGACGAAAGGCAUAUGGAUAGCAAAGGCCGGGGCGGUUACUGAUCCCUGCACCAUUGUCAUUGAUUUGGAAGGCACCGAUGGCAGGGAAAGGGGUGAGGAUGAUACAGUAUUUGAGAAGCAAAGUGCUUUAUUUGCUUUGGCAAUCGCAGAUGUUGUGCUAAUAAACAUCUGGUGUCACGAUAUUGGGAGAGAUCAGGCUGCAAACAGACCCCUCCUGAAAGCAAUAUUUCAGGUCAUGAUGCGCUUGUUUCGUCCUCGCAAAACUACCCUUCUGUUCAUUAUACGUGACAAAACAAAGACUCCAUUGAAGCAAUUGAGUGAUAUUUUGCUGAAGGAUAUCCAAAAGAUAUGGAAUGGAAUCCCUAAGCCACAGGCUCACAAGCACACUCGACUGAAUGAUUUUUUCAAUGUAAAGGUCUAUGCCUUGUCAAGCUAUGAGGCAAAUGAAGAAAAGUUCAAAGAGGAGGUUCUUAAGCUUAGAGAGCACUUUUAUAAGUCUACUUCUCCAGGAGGUAUUGCUGGGGAUAGAAAGGAAGUUGUAGCAGCUUCAGCAUUUUCAUAUAGCGCACAAAUGAUAUGGAAAGCUAUCAAAGAGAAUAAGGAUCUUGACCUGCCUGCUCACAAGGUCAUGGUUGCCACUGUGCGCUGUGAAGAAAUUGCCAAUGAGAAGCUCAGUCUCUUGACAAAGGACAAGGAUUGGUUGGAGGUUGUAUCCUCAGUUCAGGAUCGUGCAAUUUCCAAAUUUGGCGAAAAACUAAGUCGGAUCAUAGAUACCUAUCUGUCUGAAUAUGAUGGUGAGACUAUAUAUUUUGAAGAAUCGGUAAAAAAUGCUAAACGCCGGGAUCUAGAAUUGAAAAUUUUGGAGAAGUUUCGGCCUGCAUAUAUUUCCCAGCUGGACCAUUUAUGUGCUGCUGAAUGUGAAGCUUUUAAGGUAAAACUGGAACAGUCAUUGUGCAGAGGAGAAGGGUUUGCUUCUUCUGUCCGUCAACAUACGCAGUCAUGUGUGCUUCUUUUUGACACAAAAUGUUCAGAAGCUGCAAUAAAGCAAGCUAAGUGGGAUUCUUCAAAAUUCCGUGAAAAGCUUUGCCAUGAUAUUGCGACUCAUGCAUCUUCUGUUCGUAAUGAUAGGUUGUUAAAAUUAGAGUCUAGCUACAAGAAACAGCUUACAACAGCAAUCACGGGACCUGUGGAGUCACUGCUAGAUGCUGCCGACCGAGACACAUGGGCUUGUAUCAGAGAUCUUCUGAAACGAGAGAUUGAUGUGGCAUUAGCAAAUUUCUAUGAUGCGGCAUCGGGCUUUGAAUUGGACGAGGAGGAAUGGAAUAAAAUGGAGAAAAAUUUUAGGGACUAUGCGAGAAGUGUUGUGGAGACAAAGGCAAGACAGGGAGCUGGGAGGAUUUUAAUUCGCAUGAAGGAUAGGUUCAUGCAUGUAUUUGGCCAUGAUAUUGAUUCAAUUCCAAUGAUCUGGACCGGGAAGGAAAAUAUUAAAGCAAUCACGAAGAAGGCACAGUCUGCGUCCCUAAAUCUUUUAUCCAUUAUGGCGGCCAUGCGCCUGGAUGACAAACCUGACAAAAUAGAGAGCAUACUAUUUUCUUCACUUUUGGAUGAAGCGUCCUCAAAUUCCAAGGAAAGAUCAAAUGGAGUUUCUGGUGACCCUCUUGCUUCAAGCAAAUGGGAAGAGGUUCCACCAGAUCACACACUUAUUACACCAUAUCAGUGUAAACAGUUGUGGGCACAGUUUAAGAUGGAAACAAAGUACACCAUUAGCCAAGCCUUAUCUGCGCAGGUAGCAUACAGGCAAAACAACAAUUGCCUACCUCCUGCAUGGGCAAUCCUGGCAAUGAUCGUAUUGGGGUUUAAUGAAUUCAUGGUUCUGUUGAGGAGUCCUCUUUACUUGAUGGUUUUAUUCGUUGUAUUUUUACUUGGGAAAGCCAUGUGGGUACAGAUGGACAUUUCGAGGAAGUUUCAAAAUGGCACCCUCUCUGGACUUUUUUCCGUCUUGUCAAGAUUUCUUCCCACGGUAAUGAGACUUUUAAGUCGCCUUGCUCAUGAAGCUCAGGGUCGUCCCUCUCCAGAGCCAUCCAAGCCUCUUGCUUUUCAAAGCUAUAGAAAAUGAGCCGAGAAUCAAUCCCUCUCGAUCCUCGUAUAUGUUCACUCGAACACUGCAUGCAAAAAUGGAGCAGAAAUUACGUUGUAUAAUACCCCCCCCCCCCCCCCCUCCCAAUCGUAUGUUGUGCUUGUAUCGUACUACUAUACACAUUCAUACUUCAGCAAUAAGUUUAGACAAAUUAUUUAGUAUAACUUAUUGCAUUUGCCUCACUCCAAAAAAUUGACUUGAACUUAUUGCAUUUGCCACAUAUUAAAAGAUUGACUUCAUCUACGGUGAUA